GACGAUAUACUCGAAGAGACGGGACGUUUGCAUCGGAAAGUGGCCGACAAUUAUACCGCUGCCGAUACGGACGCGAUUCGGUGUCUCCGUAAUGGCCAUCAGUUGGCCGUAACGGCGGUUGUCGUGACUUCCGAUGAGAAGUACGUGUUUUCGGUGUCAAAAGACUGUUCAAUAGUGAAGUGGGAGUUCGAGUCGGGCCGACGGUUGCGGACAAUACCGGGUCUGAAGUCGAAGAAAGCGAAAUCAAAGUCGAAAACAAAGACACCGAACGGUACGGCAAAGACAGGCAAACAGCAGCCAGAGGUCGGCCACUCGGCGCACAUCUUAGCGCUGGCCAUAUCGAGUGACGACAAAUUUUUGGCCACCGGUUGCGUGAAUAAGAUAAUCAAUAUCUGGGCGCCGGAGUCGAUGACACUGUUGAAGACAUUCCGCGGCCAUCGCGGCGCUGUCUCCGGACUCGCCUUUCGCAAGGGUUUCCAUCAGCUCUUCUCGGCCUCAUUCGACCGGUCGGUGAAAGUGUGGAAUUUGGACGAAAUGUCUUACGUGGAGACACUGUUCGGCCACUCGGAUCAGAUCCAAGCGAUCGACAGCUAUAUGCGCGACCGUGCGAUCACUGUCGGCGCCCGCGACGCCUCCGCCCGCAUUUGGAAGAUACCCGAAGAGUCGCAACUGGUUUUCCACGGCUCCCAACACUCGAUCGAUUGCGUCAAACUCUUGGACGAACAGCAUUUCAUUACCGCCGAUGACAACGGUAGUUCAAUAAGUCUGUGGGGAGUACUGAAGAAGAAGCCGUUGUCCACGUAUGCCGUGGCCCACGGCGUGGGCUCUUCGGCGCCCAAUUGGGUGACAGCGUUGGCGGUGAUGAGGAAUACAGAUCUAAUCGCUUCCGGAUCAUCCGAUGGUUUGAUACGUCUGUGGAAGUGUUCGCAAGAUUUUCGCAAAUUAGAGCCAAUCGUAAACAUUCCUGUCGUGGGAUUUGUAAAUAGUCUAGAGUUCACCCCAAACGGCAAGUGCUUAGUGGUAGGCGUGGGUAAAGAGCACCGUUUGGGCCGUUGGUUCACCAUAAAGGAGGCCAAGAAUAAUGUUUUAAUUAUACCGCUUAUAAUUAAAUGAAUUAAAUCUUAUUAUAAUUACUAUUAAAUCUAAUAUUAA